UUCAACACCAACGUGAAACCAUCUUCAUGUAGCCGGAUGUUUACAUGACGCACAGGGAACUACGCAGUGCUUGCUAGCUGGACCUGAAGCUACUUUCUUACCAUCAGCUGACAUCAUAGGUUGCCAGCCAUGGGGAAAUCUUUUGCGAAUUUCAUGUGCAAAAAGGAUUUUCAUCCUGCCUCGAAGUCAAAUAUCAAAAAGGUAUGGAUAGCAGAACAGAAGCUGACUUUCGAGAAGUCCAAGCAGGAGGAACUUAUGCAGGCCUACCUGAAAGAGCAGGACGUUUACAACAACAGGUUGUUGAUGGGGGAUGAUCGUGUUAAAAAUGGCCUCAAUUUUAUGUACGAGGCUCCACCUGGAGCAUCCAAAGAGGAGAAGAAAGAGGAUGGGGAAGAAGAGUACAAGUUUGAGUGGCAGAAGGGGGCUCCUCGAGAGAAGUAUGCAAAGGAUGACAUGAAUAUUAGAGAUCAACCAUUUGGAAUCCAGGUGCGCAAUGUGAGAUGCAUCAAAUGUCAUAAAUGGGGCCAUGUGAACACAGACAGAGAGUGUCCUCUGUUUGGGCUGUCGGGAAUCAACGCCAGCUCUAUGGCCAUGGAUGAGGAAGCAGGUCCGUCGAUGCACCCCUCCGAGUUAAUGGCGGAGAUGCGAAACAGUGGGUUUGCCUUGAAAAAAUGUGUCCUUGGUAGGAAUGCUACGGUUUGUGAUCCAGCACAGGAUUUCGUUGCCAGUGAGGAAGAGGAGGAUCCUGAGGUGGAAUUUCUCAAGUCGUUAACCACCAAGCAAAAACAGAAGCUCCUCAGAAAACUUGAUCGCCUAGAUAAGCCAAAGGGGAAGAAGAAGAAGAGCAAAAAGCAAAAGAAGAAGAGCAAAAGAAAACACAAGAAAAAGCAGGAAAGCAGCGACAGCUCAAGUGACUCCUCCAGUAGUAGCAGCAGCAGCAGUAGUGAUAGUGGCUCAGAUUCAGACAGCCGGGGCAAGUUCAAGAGCCAGAAGAGAAAGAAGAACAAGAAAAAAGAUUCCUGUCGGGAUAACAGCUUGAAGAGCGAGCAGCAAGUCAAGAGUCAGAAAAGGGCCUCCUCUCACCGGAGCAGGUCAGCAAGCCCUCACACCAGACAGAAGCGGCCUGAAGAGGAGCCAGCAGAUUAUAGACAAACAAGGACAGAGAGGGGAAGGAGCAGGAGCCCGGAGAACAGAGUGAAACCGGAGGGAGGUCAAGAGAGAAAGAGACACAGCAGCAGGGACAGGCAGAGACCAAGCAGCUCCAAGUCCGGUUUGGACAGAAGUAGGAGCCGCGAGAGAGGCAGGGAGGACAGAGGUAAAGACAGGCGUCACAGCGGAGACAGGGAGAGGAACAGAAGUAGCACAGAUGGAAGGAGAGGCAGAACAGCAGAUGGGAGGAGUAGAAGCAGGGAGAGAAAGAAAGACAGGGAGGGUAGAAGAAGGAGCAGGAGUAGAAGUAGGAGCAGGGAGAGGAGAGAGAGAAGUCAAGACAGAGCUAGAGGAAGACGCUGACUGACUUUUUUUCUCUCAACAAUUUUCAACAAAAAGUGAAACAUUUUGAAUAUUUUUUCUUAGACUGUUCUCCCUUUCUCCUCCCUAAAGACUCCCUCUGUUUAACUGCACAGAGUGUGUGCUGGUCUCCUUCUUGUCCAGUAGAGGGAAGCAGUUGACAGGAAAUAUGGAGUAGAAGCUCAUCCUCUCUUGUCUUGUCUUUUGGAUGAAAGGCUCAAAAUGAAUAAUUAACAUUUGAAGAAAGGAUCUGUUAGCAGUGAAAUGUAAGACUCAUUUUAACAGUCAGCUGGAUUCGAUACAGACUUUUUAUGUUGCUGUACAAUUAAUCUUAUCUACCGUUAUUAUUGCUAUCUUUAUUUUAGAAAUAUCCACAUGUUAUUUGUGGUGCAUGAACGGCUGUUGAUAGGCUACCUGGAAAAAACGUGUCUGUAAAUUUUUCAUUAAAUUUUUGAAAUUUGAAAA